AUGUCCUGCAGUUUGUUUGAGUUCUGUCGGCUUCAGGAGCUGAAAACUGUCAAAGAUUAUUUGUUUCAAAGUCAGAAAACAGAAGUUGAGGAAGAAAAACCUCAAACAGAUGAGUUGACUUGGGACACCUCUGACUGGGAGUCUGCCUGGGACAAUGACGUUAAGGAGGAGGAGAAUGCAGCAACUCCCUCUUCUACAGCAGAGGACGGGCCGCAGCAGACUGCACCUGGGUGGCUCCAGAACUGCAUCGUUGCCCUUUCCCCCUGCUCCGAUUUGUUAGUUAUUGCUCGAGAACAGAAGGCCGUGUUUCUUUCAGCCAAAUGGCGCACAGAUGACGGUGGUCGAGAGGAGAUGACUCUGGCGGUAUCUUGGUCUGGAAUACUUAGUGAAGAAGGGGAGUCUGUGAGCAGUGCCAUUUGCAUUCCUCUGGCCAGUCAGAAAAGAUCCUGA